AUGUUGUCAAUCCUGCGAAAAGCGCGGCUCAAGGACAAAGAAAUGCGAAUCCUGAUGCUCGGAUUGGAUAAUGCUGGAAAGACCACAAUCGUCAAGAAGGUCAUGGGAGAGGAUGUCAACACCGUAAGCCCAACAUUAGGUUUCAUCAUCAAGACGAUUGACUACGAGGGGUACAAAUUGAACAUAUGGGACGUGGGUGGGCAGAAAACGUUGCGCUCAUACUGGAGAAACUAUUUUGAAAAGACAGAUGCUUUGAUCUGGGUUGUCGACGCAACGGACCGUUUACGUAUCCAAGACUGCAGAGACGAGCUUCAAGGUUUACUCUUAGAAGAGCGUCUUGCAGGGGCAAGUCUGCUUGUUUUUGCCAACAAAACAGAUGUUGAGGGAUGUAUGACGGAAGAAGAGAUUCUCUCAGAGCUACAACUGGAAUCGAUACGGACACAUCGAUGGCACAUCCUGCCAUGCAGCGCCAUGACUGGAACCAACCUUAAAGAAGGACUAUCAUGGGUGGUGGAGGAUGCAAAGAAGCGACUAUUCCUCUACUAA